AUGGCAUACUGGAAGGGCGAGAAAGCUGCUGGUGACUACGGAUGCUGGCGCGCACAUAUGAACGUCUACCAACACAUGCUUCAGCACAACAUCCAGUCGGCACUAGUUCUGGAAGACGACGUCGACUGGGACGUUCUCCUGCGUGCCCAAAUGCUCGACUUCGCUCGCGGUGUCCGCGCUCUCCAGAACGCAACACCCCCUUUCCACUCUCCCUACGGCGCCAACUGGGACUUGCUCGCUCUAGGACACACCGGCGCAAACAACAAGCCGAACAAGGUCCAGAAUUACUGGGUCACGGAGAACGAUCCCACAGUCAUAUCCGAGAGCCGCAGAACCUGGGGUCGCAAACCGGACCUCAGUAUCGAGAAGCUUGCAGGCGAGCACACGCGCAUCGUCAUGGAGAUGAGCAAGUUCACUGCGACGACCGCGUAUGGUGUGAGUUUGCGAGGUGCGGCACGGUUGCUGUACGAUCAAGCACUUCUUCCGAAUGCGAAUGCCAUUGAUAUGGCUAUGCUUGCUCUCUGCCGCAAAGAUCCUUAUGGUUCACCGUUCUGCUUUGGUUCAUACCCUAUGAUCUUUGGUCGGUAUCGUGCUAUUGGUGCUCAAGAUAAAGACUCGGAUCGGAGGACGAUGUCGAAUGAGGUGCAGAGCGGAUCGGGUGGCUAUCAAGAUAGCGCGGAUAGGCUUGAGCCGGAAAGCGAGUUCACUGUGUUUCCGGUGAGCUUGAAUAUCGGGCGUCUGAUGCGCAAUGAGUGGAUGCUUCCAGCAGUGGAUCCUGAGUCGGAUUUGGUGAAGGAGAUAGACUUGAGGACGUUCCGGUUUCCGAAGGGUAAAGAGGUUAUAGUGAACCCAGAGGAGUAUGUGGAGUAUCAGAGGACUGUGGCGGAGUGGCAAAAGGAGAAGGUAGAGACGAUCAGUUGA